AUGAUGGAGCCACAACACCAUUACGCAGAUGUACACUCACAGGACCAUCACCAUGAUGACGACUCGUCGACAGAGGUCGAAUCCUUAGUUGGAGGAGAGAAGCAAUGGGCAGCUGGCGACUAUCACAGAAGAACACCAUUAUCACGAAGGAAUAUAUUGUGCCCACCGCUAGUGGCGGCGAUGCGAUGGGUGUUGGUGAUAGGACUACAACUCGUAAUCAUUGGGCUCUUGGCUAGAGACCAAGGCAUGCUCGACUCGACAAGAUGGAAGGCUCGAUCAACAAGCGCAAACGAUGUUGGCGGCGACAUCACCGGGUGGUCACCACAUAUUCCUACGCAGAUCACCAAGUUCGAGAUUAACCAGACAUUCGCGCCAUACAACACAUCAGAGUUCUUCAAACCAGAAGUACUUAGAGCAUGGAACGAGCUGUUGCCUGUCGGCAUGGGCUUCCAAAGCAUCCCUGACCCAGAGAACUACCACGACCUUCCCACCCCCAUCGUCUGGCCCAACGCCACCGUCUUCACGACAUCAAUGACCCACCAACUUCACUGCCUCUACGCCGUCGUUGCCGUCUACUCCGGUAUGACAUCCGGCCACGAGCUUGAGGAAGACCACCACUGGCAUAUGAUCCAUUGCUUCGACUACAUGCGCCAAGCUAUCAUGUGUAGCGCAGACAUGGCUCUCGAGGGAUUGGAGACGACGUUCCCUGAUCACAACGGCGGCAGUGAUGGCUGGGAUAGCAAGCAUGUCUGCAAAGAUCCUAAGAUGGUUAGGCAACGGUUGGAGAGUGUGAGGGCGUAUGACGACCAAGAGAUCUUUUGA